UAUUACGAUAUAUCAACGACGAUGAUGACGAUGAUGAAGGCGUCUUGAAGUUCUAUUAUCUCUCUCUCAUCUCUCUCUCUCCUCUCUCUCCUCUUUCUCUCUCGCGAUGGCUACCAACCUCACCGCGGCGUUCCGCGCCUCCGUCAAGGCGAUUCGCUCUCGCGAGCGGGCCCUGCUCGCCCACGCGGAGCCCGCCGGGGGGCCUCCUGAGGAGGCGGCGGCGGCGGCGGCGGCGGCUCAGGCAAAGGGGGAGGCUUCACUCCUCGCGCGGGGUAGGCCGCGCGGAGACUUCGCUGUCAGGGCGAGAGACGUGGCUGGGAACAUUACCAAGCUUCGAGACUUCCUGAUGCAACAUCGCAAGGCGUAUCUCAGCGCUAACAGCUUGGUGACCGAUGGCAAGCCGGACUCCAUGACGGAUGCCGACCGCGACAACAUCGACAGGGAUGCACAAACGUACAUGCGGACUUGUGCUGAGUCCAUCCACGCUCUCAAAGUCCACGCUGAGAGCCAGGUGAGCCUGGUCCAGGCUCGGCUGCACCGGCAGGCGGUGCUGGGACUCCUCGAGUCCUACCUCAGAGCUGUGUGCAGGAUCUACUCGGAGCAGCGAGCCAUCCGAGUGAAGCGAGUGGUGGAUCGUAAACGCCUGGAGAGGCUGGAGCCGGAUUGUGCGGAGCGGACGACAGCGAGGAGGAGGAGGAGGGGGAGUUUGAGGAGUCCAUCGCCACCUCCACUACCGACUCGCCCCAACGGAGAGGCGGUGGACACCUCAGGAGGGGUGACCCACGCAGAGGACACGUCCACCUCCUCCACCUCGUCCGCCACCACCUCGUCCACCGCGACCUCCUCCAUGUCCACCGCUGGGCGGGUUCAGGGAGUGUUCCCCGUGGAGAGUGGUGAGCUGUCAGCCUACGAUGACGGAGAUCUCACGGCGGAGGAGAUCCAGAUGUUCCACAGGGAGAACGACCGUCUUCUGGAGGAGAUGAGCAGCCUCAUGGGUGAAGUACGGCAAAUCGAGGGUAAGGUGGUGGAGAUUUCCAGACUCCAGGAGAUAUUCACGGACAAAGUUCUACAGCAGGAGAGAGACAUUGACCUGGUCCACUCCACGGUCGUGGGAACAACGGAAAACAUCAAGGAGGGCAAUGAGGAGAUACGUGAGGCGAUGAAGAACAACGCUGGUUUCCGUGUCUGGAUUCUCUUCUUCCUCACCAUGUGCUCCUUCUCGCUCCUGUUCCUCGACUGGUACGGGGGAUAGCCACCGCCACCGUCCCUGUGGCUGUGCGUGCACCGUGCCUGGCACCGAGCCGGCCGGCACCGUGGACGCUUGCCGGCCCAGCGCGCACCGCGCCUGGCACGGGGAGGAUUGAGGAGUCGGGACUGCGGAAGUCCUCUUAAGCGACCAGCACAACAACUACUACCACAACUACUAUCACUACUACUACAACUACCACAGCAACUACUAUCACAACUACUAUCACUACUACAACUACUACCACAACAA